AUGCUGUGGAGGCUCCUUCUGCCGCCACGCUGGCUCCUGCCGGGGCUGCUCGCCAUGGCGGCGCUGUGCGGCGGAGGGUUGCCCCCGCCCGCCCCGACCCCGACCCCGCCGCGGCUGCCGUCCGCCGCCCCGCACAGCUCCAGCUCCCCCGGCGGCGAGACGACGCGGGGCGGCGGCGCGAGCAACAGCAGCAGCCGCCAGGCCCCGCGGCCGGAGGCCGGCCAGCUCAUGACCCAGCGCGCCCUCUCCGUGCUCGUCCUGGCCAGCGCCGCCCUCAUCGUCUACUUCGUCAUCCGGACUGUGCGGCUGAGAAGAAGAAAUAGAAAGACACGGCGAUACGGCGUUCUGGAUACAAACAUAGAAAACACGGAGCUGACGCCCUUAGAACAAGAUGACGAUGAUGACGACACAACACUGUUUGAUGCCAACCAUCCUCGAAGAUAAGUAUGUGCCUUUCAGGAAACGUAUCAAACGUGGAGCAACAAUGGAGGCUGUACCGAAGGAAUAAGAAGCCAAUUUGGGGGUUGGAGAUAUAUAAGUGAGAUAUAUAUGUUUAUGGCAUCCUUAGCUUGUUGCUGUAAACUCUGUAACAUUUUACUGUACCUUUGUAUAUACAGAAAUCUUAUAAGUUUGGAGCCUAUGGAAAUAGUGCAUUAGACUAACCCAC